AGCAAAGAUUUGGUCGUUUGGAAGUCCGCUUUUAGGCAAUGCCUAAAUCUAUAUAUUAGCUUUUUUCUUGCAUAUUGCAUAGAAAUUUGCAAGCGUCUAAACAAGAAACCAGACAAGGUAUUCUAAUCAGACAUGACUAGGAUCCACACAAAUUACAGAAGUUGUUGUAAAUAAUUUAAGAAACCAUAUUUAUAAUGCCUUUUCGUCGAUUCUAGCUGAUUUUACUCGAUAAAUAGUUAUUGUUAUUAUUUUAAUAUUUUUUAUCUGACCGUUUUUAGUAUCUGAUUAGUAUCUGAUGGCCCUGGCUGAGCUUCAUCGUAUUGCGUCGCGCUUUUACUUAGCCAAUCAGAAUCGAGAGAGUAAGCACAAUAUAGAUUAAACACAAUUUAUUAGUCUUCAGAGGCGUCGUUGCUGUAGUGUUUCUGACACCUGUCAAUUGAAAUCUUCCCCCAUUCCACACCCAAAUAUGAAAUGCCCCAAAAGGCGGCAAGCUUUACUCAUGUUCAUUCUCUUCCAAGCAAGAGCAAGUGGUCGUUAUAAGGUAAGCACGUUUUGUAAACUUUUCAGAAGCACCAAAAAAGUACAAGUAUACUUUGAGAGACAUUUCUAGAACGACCCCAAAAAAACCUGAACAUGGCUAUAAAAUCCAUAAAACAGUAUCGGAACUAUCUAAAAAAGCGUUGUAAAAUUAGCAGGAGGAGGCCCAAAAGGCCCUUUCAAGGCAUUUUUUUCCUGUGAUUUAGAAAAUGUCUCAUACAUUUACUGUAUUUCUGGCUGCUAAAAGGGGGGGGCGGUCUCCCUGGGCCCCCCCUGGCUAUGCCCCUGCUUCCAAUAGCAUAAUCACGCAUUCUUCUUCUCGUAGGUGGCUAUUCUAGUGACUCCAGGAAACCCACAAUGAGAUGUCUUCUUCUCGUAGGUGGCUAUUCUAGUGACUCCAGGAAACCCACGAUGAGAUGUCUUCUUCUCGUAGGUGGCUAUUCUAGUGACUCCAGGAAACCCACGAUGAGAUGUCUCAUAUUAAUUGUGCUGUUAGCUGCUGUGGCGUUAUGCCACAGUCGUACAUAUCCCAGGGUUCACGCAGGCACAAACCGUGAAAAAAGAAUGGAGGGCAUCUUCGAAAGCAAAUACUUUGAUAACUGUCAACGCAAUCCAUGUUUCAACGGAGGAAGCUGUACAGACAGAGUCUAUGGAUACACAUGCGCAUGUGCACCAGGCUACACUGGCAACAACUGUGAAGAAAAUGUUAAUGAUUGUAUUCCUAACCCAUGCCAAAAUGGCGGGUUGUGCUGCUGUGAUCUGGUUAAUGACUGGAUCUGUUUGUGUCCUGAUGGCUGGGGCGGCAAAAACUGCACUGAAAUUAAGUUGUCCUGUGAGUUGUGUAAUUACUAA